GGCUUGUUGAGUUAAGAAGCCGUCUAUAUGAUUGAACUGAAUUGACUUUUUAUCUGUCAAGUGCCUUGAGACGACAUUUGUUUUCCUUUUUGGUGAUUGUAGGAAAGACUCCUUCGUGUGCUACUCUAACAGAGAGUCAAGGACCCUCCUGAGACCCAGAAACAAAGUAAGAGGUAACCAUGAAGCCGGCUACAAUUCGCAGUGUCUGCUGUAGCGUCCGAGUGCGUGCUUCCCGUCCAGGAAGCAGAUUCAGCGGCAUGUCGCGUGGAUGUCUCCCGGUUGGGACGACAAACAGCCGGUUAACCCUUCGUACUGCUAGCACGGUUACUAGCAGCGGAACAAGCCCGACUUUAACUGCAAACUUCGGGAAACAUCUCAAAGAGGAUAAAUGGUCCGAGUACAGCAGACCAGUGGGGGAAGUAGUUCAGAAUACCAAGGAGGCAAUUGCAACACUGCAAAGAAGAAGUCCUGACAUCCAGCCCCUGUUAGUCAUUUUACAGGCUGGUGAAAAUGGCAGUAUGUUGGAAAUCAAUAAGAAAACAGCUGGCAAGAUUGGCUUGAAUGUCACUCAGAUUUGUUUGGCAAAGAACUGCAGUGAAGAUGAAAUAAUAGAAGAGUUGCUGAAGCUUAACGAUGACCCCAAGGUGCAUGGAGUCUUUCUCCACCUCCCACCAGCUUCCAUCACUAGUCGAGUUCUCAACGCACUUAAACCAGAGAAAGAUGUUGAUUGCAUUUCAAAUUUGAAUAUAGGCUGCCUGGUGAGAGGAGACAUGAGCAAAGGUUUUGUACCACCGAUGGCAAGUGCUGUUUUGGAUCUGCUGGGAAAACAUAAUGCUUCUUUGAAAGGAAAAUCAGUGUUGCUGGUAGGAGGACAAGGACCACUCAGGUUGGCCCUACAGUGCCUGAUUGAAAGAAGUGGGAUGACGGUUCAAACAAAUCAUUGGAACGCAAAGAGCUUGAAGACACAGGUAAUGCAGGCUGAUGCUGUGUUUCUUUUAAGUGUGGGAAACAUGGAAAUCCCGCCAUCCUGGGCUCGACCAGAGACGGUCAUCAUUCACUGCGAGUCGGCCUUGGAGCCAGAUGACGACCUCAUUGACUUGUCCUCAACAUCUGGAUUAGCAUACCUCACAGCUGCCUACAGAGCACAGAACGUGACACACAGCUGCAGUCGGUGGCUUCAGGAGCAGCAGUACAGACCCUGGAAUCUGUGCAGCUGUAAACUUCAGCCAUUAAACCCUGUUCCAACUGACAUUGAGAUCUCAAGGGCUCAGACACCAAAACCUGUAGCUCAACUGGCCGAGGAAAUUGGUUUGCUGCCAGAGGAGCUUGAAGCUUAUGGGAGGAACAAAGCUAAAGUCCAACUCUCUCUCUUGGACCGCCUCCACUCUCAGCCUGAUGGCAAAUAUGUUCUGGUUGCUGGUAUAACUCCAACUCCAUUUGGUGAAGGUAAAACCACAGUGACUGUAGGUCUGGUUCAGGCCUUGUCUGCCCACCUCAAGCUCAACUCCUUUGCCUGCCUUCGACAGCCUUCUCAGGGACCGACCUUUGGAGUUAAAGGGGGAGCUGCAGGAGGGGGCUAUGCCCAGGUUAUCCCUAUGGAGGAGUUCAACCUCCAUUUGACUGGUGACAUCCAUGCCAUCACAGCAGCUAACAACCUGCUGGCGGCAGCCAUCGAUGCCAGGAUUCUCCAUGAGGCAACGCAGUCUGACAAGUCCCUGUUCAAAAGAUUGGUUCCUUCUGUAUAUGGAGUUAGAAAAUUCUCUCCCAUCCAGAUCUCCAGGCUUCGGCGUCUUGGUAUCAAUAAAACUGAUCCUGCCUCUCUUACACCAGAAGAAGUCAGCAGCUUUGUGCGCCUUGAUCUCGAUCCGUCACAAAUUACCUGGCAGAGAGUUGUUGAUACAAAUGACCGUUUCUUGAGGAAAAUCACAGUGGGACAGGCAAGCACUGAAAAAGGACAGAUCAGAGAGACUGGUUUUGACAUUGCAGUAGCCAGUGAGAUCAUGGCUAUUCUGGCCCUCGCGGAUAGCCUAAAGGACAUGAAGAACAGAUUGGCCCGCAUGGUGGUGGGAUCCAGUCGCUCUGGAGAACCUGUCACAGCGGAGGACUUGGGUGUAAGUGGUGCCCUUGCAGUGCUAAUGAAAGAUGCCAUCAAGCCCACACUGAUGCAGACCCUUGAGGGUACGCCAGUGUUUGUCCAUGCCGGGCCCUUUGCCAACAUCGCCCAUGGCAGCUCCUCAGUGUUGGCAGACAAGCUGGCUUUGAAGUUGGUUGGACGGGAUGGCUAUGUGGUGACUGAAGCUGGGUUUGGAGCAGACAUCGGGAUGGAGAAAUUUUUUAAUAUCAAAUGUCGGGCGUCGGGUUUGAGUCCCAACGUAAUGGUGCUGGUUGCAACUGUUCGAGCGCUGAAGAUGCAUGGAGGUGGCCCAAAUGUGUCAGCUGGUGCUCCUCUUCCCAAAGAGUACAUCAAUGAGAACCUGAGCCUUGUUGCAGGUGGUUGCCAUAGCAACCUUAAGAAACAAAUCCAGAAUGCUCACCUCUUUGGGGUUCCUGUAGUGGUGGCACUAAACGUUUUCAAGACGGACACGCAGGCGGAGAUUGACCUGGUGUGUCAGCUCGCCAAGGAGUGUGGUGCUUCUGACGCCGUGCCGUGUCGGCACUGGUCGCAGGGUGGGCGUGGCUCUCUGGAGCUGGCCAUGGCGGUGAAAGAGGCAGCUGGCAGGCCCACAAACUUCCAGUUCCUGUAUAAUACAGAGAUGCCGAUCCUGGAGAAGAUCAGAACAAUAGCCCAGAAGGUGUAUGGAGCUGAGGACAUCGAUCUGUCUCCAGAGGCCAGCAGCAAAAUAGAUUACUACAAUCAACAAGGUUAUGGGUCUUUACCCAUCUGCAUGGCCAAGACUCAUCUGUCCCUGUCCCACAUGCCUGACAAGAAGGGCGCACCCACUGGAUUUGUUUUGCCAAUCAGAGACGUCCGUGCAAGCAUCGGCGCAGGCUUCAUUUUCCCACUGGUGGGAACGAUGAGCACAAUGCCUGGCCUGCCCACCCGCCCCUGUUUCUAUGACAUAGACCUUGAUCCUGAAACGGAGGAGAUCAUCGGCCUUUUCUGAGCAACAUAAAGAUAUUCCUGUUUUUUUCUCAGAAUCCAUCACACUCUACUAUACCCUGUACGUCUGACUCACUGUGAUGACUUGCAUUUCCUCAAAAGGCCUACACUCCCACAGCUGUUAAAGUAGCCACACAUCAACAGCCUUGUGCUCAAAUGGACCUAAUUUUUUGAUAUUGGAGCACAUAUCGACCACAAUACCUCAGGACUCAAGCUGUUACACAGGCAGCCAGUGUGAGCAGAUAAAAGCUUAAUGUGGUAACAAUCCUGCUGACUCAUUUCACCCAACUAGCUUUAAAUUAGAUUGAUGCUACGGCUUCAGGAGCAGCAAAUCAAACAGGAGCUCUUGGGAUCAUUUGUUGUUCUUGUUAACCCUCAUGUUAUGUUCGCUUGUGAGGUGCAGCAAUAAUGUUCCUGGGUCAGUUUGACCUGUGGAGUGUUUAAUCAUGUGUGAUGAUGAUCAUGCGUUUCUCAUGUGUGAGAAACCAAAAAAUAUCCUCCAAAACAUUUUUGAUUUAUUAACUCCAUUACUAACCCAUUUCAAACAAUAUUUGUGCAAUGAUAUUUUUUUAUUUCUCACAAAUAAAGGAUCAAUGACAAUAAUUUACUCAU